CCGGCAGGAAGGGGAGUGUGGAUGGAGCGCGCCGGGCAGUGACGUCAGUGUGCGCCCAGCGGCUCCCCCCGUCCGCCUCCGGGCCCCGGAACGCUGCGGAGGAGUCGCGUUCUAUUGGCAGACCGUCGGCGAUUGAUGCGUCCCGAGUGUCCUGCGCCAGGGCGCUGCGGCCGCGGCCCCCUCCCCCCCGCCGGGGCAGGCUGAGUUCCCCGGCCUCUGCCGUAGGUGCCUGCAAGGCCCAGCUCUUCCUGGAUCCUGGGCUUUCGCAGCAGUUCGGUGUGUUGUAACUGGUGUUUUCCAGCCGCAGUGCAUGUGCCUGUGCGGGUCUGGUCAGCCCUUGUUUUCCUGGUGGUGAGACGAGAGGAGCAUGGCAGCCUCUGGGUCAGAAAAAAGCAACAAGAAGAAAACAGAGAAGAAACUCGCUGCCCGAGAAGAAGCUAAGCUGUUGGCAAGCUUUAUGGGAGUCAUGAAUACCAUGCGCAAACAGAAAACUCUCUGUGAUGUCGUUCUCAUGGUUCAGGAAAGAAAGAUCCCAGCCCACCGAGUUGUGCUUGCUUCAGCCAGUCACUUUUUUAACUUGAUGUUUACUACAAAUAUGCUUGAAUCGAAGUCCUUUGAAGUGGAGCUAAAGGAUGCAGAGCCUGACAUUAUUGAACAGCUUGUGGAAUUUGCUUAUACUGCAAGGAUUUCUGUUAACAGCAAUAAUGUCCAGUCUUUACUAGAUGCUGCAAACCAGUAUCAAAUUGAACCUGUGAAAAAAAUGUGUGUGGAUUUUUUGAAAGAGCAAGUUGAUGCUUCAAAUUGUCUUGGUAUAAGUGUGUUAGCAGAAUGCCUAGACUGUCCAGAACUGAAAGCCACAGCAGAUGACUUCAUCCAUCAGCACUUCACUGAAGUUUACAAAACAGAUGAGUUCCUACAGCUUGAUGUUAAGCGUGUUACACAUCUUCUGAACCAGGACACCCUGACUGUGCGGGCAGAAGAUCAGGUUUAUGAUGCAGCAGUCAGGUGGCUGAAAUAUGAUGAACCUAAUCGCCAGCCAUACAUGGUUGACAUUCUUGCUAAAGUCAGAUUUCCUCUCAUAUCGAAAAAUUUCUUAAGUAAAACUGUUCAGGCGGAACCACUUAUUCAGGACAACCCUGAGUGCCUUAAAAUGGUGAUCAGUGGAAUGCGAUAUCACCUUCUUUCUCCAGAGGACAGAGAAGAGCUAGUAGAGGGUACAAGACCACGAAGGAAAAAACAUGAUUAUCGCAUUGCUUUGUUUGGAGGCUCACAGCCACAGUCCUGCAGAUACUUUAAUCCAAAGGAUUAUAGCUGGACAGACAUCCGAUGUCCCUUUGAAAAGCGCAGAGAUGCAGCUUGUGUCUUCUGGGACAACGUAGUUUAUAUUCUGGGUGGUUCCCAGCUCUUCCCUAUAAAGCGAAUGGACUGCUACAAUGUGGUGAAGGAUAGCUGGUAUUCCAAACUAGGACCUCCAACACCUCGAGAUAGCCUUGCAGCUUGUGCUGCUGAGGGCAAAAUUUAUACAUCUGGUGGUUCAGAAGUGGGAAAUUCUGCUCUGUAUUUAUUUGAAUGUUAUGAUACAAGAACAGAAAGCUGGCACACAAAGCCUAGCAUGCUGACUCAACGUUGCAGUCAUGGCAUGGUGGAAGCAAAUGGUCUCAUUUAUGUAUGUGGAGGAAGCUUGGGAAACAAUGUUUCUGGAAGGGUUCUUAAUUCCUGUGAAGUUUAUGAUCCAGCCACCGAAACAUGGACUGAACUAUGCCCAAUGAUUGAAGCUAGGAAGAAUCAUGGGUUGGUGUUUGUGAAAGACAAAAUAUUUGCUGUGGGAGGACAAAAUGGUUUAGGUGGCCUGGACAAUGUGGAAUAUUAUGAUAUUAAGAUGAAUGAAUGGAAGAUGGUGUCGCCAAUGCCAUGGAAGGGUGUAACAGUGAAAUGUGCUGCUGUGGGUUCUAUAGUAUACGUCUUGGCUGGCUUCCAGGGCGUGGGUCGAUUAGGGCACAUCCUUGAGUAUAACACCGAAACAGACAAAUGGGUAGCCAACUCCAAAGUCCGUGCUUUCCCAGUGACAAGUUGUUUGAUCUGUGUUGUUGACACUUGUGGAGCAAAUGAAGAGACUUUAGAGACCUGAAGACCUUCAUGAGAUUUUGGGAUAUUCUUCAUUUGGAAAAGAUGGCCAUCGGUGCUUUGCUUCUGCAUUUUAUUACAUCUUGUUAAACUGAAUAAUCUGAAAAAAAAAAAUGGUACAGUCCUUGAAUUUGUAUAUACCAUAUGUAUCAAAUGUGGAUUUACUCAUGCCGGUUUUACAGUUUGUUUGAAAACUUGGGAUGUAUUUCAAGAAUCCACUAAACUAGCUGAGAGCAAAUAAUAUGCUCUCUUGAAGAGACAUGUGUGGCCUUGUCAGAAAUAAAUCCAAUUUACGUUUUAAAAAAUUAGAGUAUUGGAGGAAGAUGAAACUUUAGCUAAACUAUACAUCUCAGCUUGGAUACAGAGGUCCUUCAGGUCACAAAGGUGAGUGACUAUAGCUUGGAUUCUGAGUGUAUAUGAGUCUGUUCAUACAGUUUCAUUUCUUAUGCAUAUUGCACAACAGCCAUGCUAGAGUAUGAUAAAGUCUGUUCAGAAAAAAAAGA